AUGGGGACAACGGUAGCCGGUUUGCCGCGGUUUGUGGUUCUCCGAUCAAGGAGAGCCAACAGGUACCUGCAUUACCUUUGGAACGACCAGUGGGGGCUGGAUUACUACCAGUUCAUCGGCAUGAAGCGGGACCUGGACCCGGUGAGCCCGUUCGUCAAGCUCGAAGUCGUCCCUUCCACCACAAACCCAUCUUCCUACGUCCACCUCCGCUGCUCUUACAACAACAAAUUCUUCCGUGUUGUGCUAAGGUUUGGCGUGUGGUGGGUCACUGCCACGGCGGACAACCCCAACGAGGACACCUCCAGAGUCGGCGAGUGCACGCUCUUCGAGCACGUGUUCGUCGGCAACCAGAUCAACACCGUGUGGUUCCGUUACGUGCCCAACCAACGCCGUCUCACCUGGUUCAACAACCCCGCCCAUCCGUACCUUUAUCGUCUGUCAUUAGUCUACAGCGCGAAUCCCCUCUACGGCGACUUUUACGAGUUCGCGCCAUGGGAGUCGUACGAGGACAGGAUGAGGGCCAAACACUACCAGAUCCAGACCCGUGACAUGGAGAUACAGAGGUUGACUGCCCAGGUCGCCGCCAGAGACGAGGAGCUCCGCAACCUGCGCCGCCAGCUCGCCCACAAAGACGAGGUCAUCCUUGACCUUAAGGGCCGGGUGGCGGCUCUCAAGGCCUACCUGGAGAAAAGGAAGGCCAAACUGGAGUAUGGAAUGCUGACUCUGCACUCCACCGUCACAUCCGCUUGGGAGUCGUUCCAGCUGAACGUCGCCUGUGGAAUCGUAAGAAUUGCAGCUGGUUUCGAACAGAUACUCACACUGCCAGCGACAUGA